GCGAAGCGCAACGGCGGGUGGAGACCAGUAGCCGGCGACAAGAGCGUGGUGACUGCGACGACGGCGCCUGCGUAGCGAGGGCGCGGAACGCAACAAGCAGCUGCGCUCACGCCAUCUCCGUCUCCGGACAGUGUCAUUGCCACAUUAGAAGAGCUUGCACAGUUUAACGGGAACCGCGGGACAUUUCGGCUGGUACAGCAUACAGUGUGAAAUGGAAUGGUUUUUUCUUUUUUGGACAAUGAUCAAGUGCUGAAGACGCUGAAUCUGUAACAGUGCAGAGGAGAGUGUGAUUUUGUUUCUUUUCGUACAACAAAUCUUUUUCCAAGCCCUUUCUCGAUAAGGACAUCUUCAUAAACCGUUGACAGUAAAACUGCCUCCUAAUCGAUCAAAUGUUUAGGGCACAAGAUUUGUCUUCGUGACCAGAGUAAGAGAGGUGCAGUCAAAAGCAUUUUUAUUCUUGCAGACUUUGUAGCAGGUGGAUAGUGUAGCCAACGGAUCAUAACUUUCUUAAUUAUUCUGAAACAGUUUAGGGAGAGCUUAGUCCUAAAUUUAUGAACGGACGUAGCUGAUACAGUGAUGCGAUUGUCAAAUAUGGAAGUGUUUUACACCAUCAAAUAUAGGUAACAGUAAGAGCCGCAGGUUAACAAAGAAAGUUCUGGUGAAGAAGGUUGCUUAUGUGAUCUGUUAUCUGAGGAAUUUCUCGUUGUCCUACGAAGCUGUAGCUUACAAGAUAGCACAUAUUUUAUGACUGUUCGGAGGAGAUAUGUGAAUAAGUGGAUAUUCAACCACUGGUCGACAGGAUGAUGAACUGAGAUUGGAGCCUUCAUUUGAUCUUGUAGUAUUGGAGUAAUUUUGCUGGCAAUAAUGGAUGCAGAAUUUGAGUUACGCGAGGGACUGGACGGCAACGGAACGCAGUGGGGCGGCGACGAGGACCCCAUGCAGAAGCGGCCCGUGCAGGCGCUGUUCGGGCUGCUGUACCUGGUCAUCUUCACGGUGGGCACGUGCGGCAACGCGCUCGUCUGCUUCGUGGUGGCGCGCAACCGCAGCAUGCAGACGGUGACGAACCUGUUCAUCAGCAACCUGGCGCUCUCCGACAUCCUGCUGUGCGCGCUCUGCGUGCCCUUCACGCCGCUCUACACCUUCUACGGGCGCUGGGUGUUCGGCAGCGCGCUCUGCCACACGGUGGCCUUCGCCCAGGGCACCAGCGUCUACAUCUCGACGCUGACGCUGACGGCGAUCGCCGUGGACCGCUUCUACGUGAUCGUGCACCCGUUCCGGCCGCGCAUGCGCGCCUCCACGUGCCUGGCGAUCGUGUGCGCCGUGUGGGCGGCGUCGCUGGCCGCGACGCUGCCCUACGGCGUCUUCAUGGAGCACCGCCUGCGCGCCGGCAGCCACUUUUGCGAGGAGAGCUGGCCGUCGGAGACGGUGCGCCAGGCCUUCGGCGGCGUCACCUUCGCCAUGCAGUUCGUGGCGCCGUUCCUCGCCAUCUCCGUCUGCUACACCAAGAUCUGGCUGCGGCUGCGCCACCAGGCGCGCACCAAGCCGGGCGCCAAGACGUCGCGGAAGGAGGAGGCCGACCGCGAGCGCAAGCGCCGCACCAACCGCAUGCUGGUCGCCAUGGUGGUCGUCUUCGGCACCUGCUGGAUGCCGCUCAACCUCGUCAACCUCGCCAACGACCUGUACAUCCCGAUCGGCCACUGGCGCUACUUCAACCUGUGCUUCUUCGUGGUGCACGCGCUCGCCAUGAGCUCCACCUGCUACAACCCGUUCCUGUACGCCUGGCUGAACGAGAACUUCCGCAAGGAGUUCCGGCGCGUGGUGCCGUGCUGCAUGCGCGCCGGCCGCGCGCCGCGGCAGGGCUUCGCCGGCGCCGGCACCUCGAUGGGUGGCCAGUCCGUGCAGACGGCCCUGCAGACGUCCAACUCGCUGCUGCCCGACGUCGUCUCCACCGACUCGGACCCCGCCCCCGCACCCUCUCCCUGCGCCGGCUACUGCGCCAACGACGAGCAGGUCCGCUUCUCCGGGAUCGAGAACAAGGUGCUGGACGUGUCGCCUUCCAUUUAGGUGCGGCCGAGAUGCGAGGGGCAGUCUGGAUGGAGGACGUCAGUCGGCGCGCGAAGCUUCCGCUUGAGCCCCGGGAGUUCGCUCGUAGACCUCGACCUCCAGCUGCAAUUGUUCCGCCUCUGACAAAAAUCACGAUACUCACUACGUUCCCACUGAUCCUAGCCCUUAUAACUGUGAAAACAAAACUUAUUUAGCGACCGUGUAUUUUGAGCCAAAUAAAGGAUUGAAAGCUA